ACGUUUCCAAGCGUUUGGGGAGCUGCUGUGAAUUCUCGCGAUACUUCGACGUCAAGGGGAGUGUCAAAUUCCAAGAGAGAGGAGAGUAGAGGGGAGCCAGAGAGAGGGGCGCAAGGGUGAGUUUGUAAACACUUAAUUACCCUUUAAAUCCUCCAUAGAUAUUUCCAAUUCACUGAACUCUUAUCUUAGGUAGUUUGGUGCGUAAGUUUUUAGUAUUUGUGGUUGUUAUUACAACACGUCUGUUUAUUUGUCAAAACUGUUGUGGCUGCUACAACGUUUCAUUCGGACCCACAUCUCGCUUUGCACUUAAGUGUCAGUCCGCUAACCCACUAACUGUUAGCUCUCUUAGCUUUCGUGAUUUUAACUGUCCCAAAAGUCCUUGAAAAACAUUAGUUCACCUCAAAUAUAAUCGAAAUUAGUGUUUAUGUGUUGUAUGUCGUCGCUGAAUAUGGUUGAAGCGCUGUUAUUGUGUUUUUUCAGAGUAAGUUCGGCCUGUUGUUAACGCUAGCCACACUAGCUAACCAUUAGUUUUUCGUGGAUACAAAAAGUUGAUUUCUGGGUUUUGACCAAUAAGAUUCGAGUGGCUGCUGUUAUUGACAGGCUCUAGAGCUGUGCUCAUCGAAGAUGCUGCUGAUUGACGUGCUUAAAGCCAAUAGCUGAAAAGAAAAGGCGGGCUUGUUACGGUAAAAGGCGGGGCUAAAGUCUGCCCGAACAUCGCCAGACGGUAAUGAAGCCCAAAAAAGACAAACUUUCAGACUAGUCUGUGUUGUCAGGAAAAGGGAACAAAAGUAUGCAGAACAUAUACAUUUUGAAGUGACACUGAAAUAUUUUACAUACCAGAAACCCCCACGGAGAAUAUGUUUCUGUUUGUCCUUUGGCGGUGGAGUAUGCUAAAAUGAUAACUGGGUCUGCAGGAAAAGUCUCCAAAGAAACUCAAAGUUAUAAUGAUAUCCAUAGUGUUGCAACGUGAGCUGCUCGACGCCCCAGGAUCCGCAUCCCCAUGCAUGUCAACACCUUCAUUAGGAAUGUAGGUCAUGUUUUUGGCAGAGUUAUACCUCAUUCCAUCACAUAGAGUUACACCAGAGUAAACUGCAUCCUGCUCUGUCCAGCUACAUAUAUUGACCCACUCUAAGUGAUGAUAUAACUGACUUUUUUUUUUGGAGUAUCAAUAUUAUUUACAAAGAAAAACUAAUUACACUUUAGAGGAACAAAUGUGUUAAUUAACACGAAUUUGGCAAUCGUGAGCUUGUUCCGUAUGAGUAUAUGCCAUGUUAUUUUAUCAUAUGUCAUUUUUAUUAUAGAGCAGAAAGCAUGUGUGACUUCGCAAGAUUAUUGUCUGGAAGCUUUUGCAAUCUCGACCUGUGCUGACACACAAAAUUUACAAUUAUAUAAUCCUUGUCUCUUAAUUCACAACACCACAAAACUGUAGAGAAAAUGACAACAAGUGGCCAACGUAGUUAAAAAUGGACACGAUACUCCUGAGUUAAUUGUAGAAAAGUGAAAACAGUAUACCCUGUAUUGUUCUGCAUUGUUUAACCUGGUUAUAGAUUUUUUCUGUUUAUCAAAUCCUUGGUUUACUUUUGCUUACAUUGAUACAUAAUGGCUGUCGCUCAAACCAAGCUUUAGCCUUAAAGUCUGCCUUUGGUUCAUACUUCCAACAUAAUCAGUGCUUUUGUAAUUUAGCUAUAUAGCUAUUAUGUUCUAUUAAUGGAUCAAUUAUAAAUAGCAUUUAUUUUCUUUAUUUCAAAUGUUGUUUUUUUUACCCAGUUCACACUCCCCCUGUCUUCUUUUCCUUUUUUUCCCCUUUUUGCGGGGUCUCCCCUACCCUCUGGCAAUUCAAGCCUCAGAUUCCAGAGUCAUGGCUGCAGCGUGAGCUAUUAAUACAGUUUGUUUAGUCAGUUUCCUAGCAGGCUGCAUCAAACACUGGAUGGCUGUGGCUGAUUAUAGCUGGGACUCGUUCCCCUACACCUGCUGAGUUGGAGAAAUCCAAGUUAACUGUGGGACUUUGGCAGCGGCUCAAUGAGACAGGACAGGAAUUAGGGCAAUUUGAGUGCUUCUAUGUCACCUUGGAUGAAAGGAGGCGAAAAUAGGCGGACUUGAUAUCCAUGCCUGUAAUGAAUAUCUGAGAUUCAUAUCAGGACUAAUGGAACUACCAGACUGAUUUAUUGUUGAGGUCUGCAUUAUCCAGCCAGAGCAUUUUACAGUGUACAGUAAAAAUUACCUAAUUAGAGCAAUCAAGUUACAGAAAUGAGAUACAUCAAUCAAAGUACAAAGAUUGACAGCCCUAUUUCAUUAAGGACAUGUGAUCUCGCAGAGAAAUGCAAAUGGAGAUGCAGAGUUUUAAUGAUAUUCUUUGAGAUACGCUGUCUUAAAGCCAAGCAAUUUAUGCUACAGAAAGGAGCUUCACACAUCAGCUUGAAUUAGGUUUAGAUUUGUCUUUGAAAACUAUGAAAACAAACAGUAUUUUCCACCCCCGUCAUCUUAGAGUUAGGGCGGAAAUCACACAUGGUGCCAGUCAGCCAAGUUAAUGUCUAGCAUGUCCCUGCUAAGAUGUAAACUCUAAAGUCUGUUCCCACUCCUCACGCCAGAUGUGUCUAUUCCCCACACAGUCCACACCCGCAGUAUAACGAACCCGACCGAGUAUCUCGUUUGCAGAUGCAUCUCUGCUCAAAUAGACACAAUGAACUGGGAGCACUUUGUGAAAAUCCUGGCACCAACCUGUUUCCUUUUCUUCAGAGGCAUGGGAGGUCUGCUUUUCAGCUUUUUUGAUUUCCAUAGAGAAGAACAGGGAGUUUGCUUCUUUGCUGCUCAAUGUGGGCACCUUUCCUGAUGAAGAAAUGAGGCUGAGAGACACAACAGCUAGGCCUGGUUCAAGCCCAGCGUCAUGGGAGAGCGUUGUAUUCCACCGCAAGGCUUCAGUAAUCAUGUGUUGGCUCAGGGGUAGCUGUCUUCAGCAAAGGGAGGAGGAGGAAAAUAUACUGAGUUCAACAUUGGGAAAACUUUCAAACAUUUAUUCCUGGCCAACAAAAUGAAUAAUCUGUCCCACUCAAUAAUGUCAGGCUACAUGCUCAACCCAUGCAGUGCAUACAACUUAAUAGAACAGUACUGCAAAACUUAUCAUGUUUAGCUAAUGUUGCCAGUGUCAAUGUUGCACAAAAGAGGUUCUAUAAUGUAUAUGCAGGUUGACUCAAAUGACUGUACAAACAAGUCAAAACAACACAGAGGUAUCCAAUGCCUUCAACAUAAUGUAAGCAUGGAUUUAAGGGAAAAAAUUGCACAACUCAUAAACUUGAUAGGAUUUCAGAAACAGAUGGGUGUUGAAUUUUUAAGGACAGAUGCCAGUCCUUCCCAUGAUUGUGUUUCAGCCCAGUGUUACUGAGUAUUGCAGAAGUCGGUGGCUUUCAUUCUGAAGGGCUUUUACUUGUAGAAACAGUAAGGUCCCGCUGCGUGUUGCUGGUUGCUGUGCUGUCAGUGGGACAAUGUUGUGUAAUAGCUACCAGACGUCACUUUAGGCCAGCUAAAUCAUUGAUGUCGCUUGUUCAUUGCCAUCCCUCCAGAUCCAUGAUUUGAAUUCACGGCUACGUUUUUUUAGUGUUUUUCUUUCAACACUGAGCGUCUUUAAGCGGUGCUGACAGAGCAGUGCAGAGUGAGGCGGUUUGGUUAAGUUUAGGAUGCGAUGACAGCUAAUGGUAGCUAUAACAGAGUGCAGCUCUAGUUUGUGUUACUUCAUCAGCAGGAGGAGAAACCAAACAUGAACAUACGGAAUAGUCAUUUUGAACUAACUGGUAAAACUGUAAUAAUUCACGAAAAACAUGUCAGAAGUGGGCCAGUAUAAAAAUGGGAACUACAAAUAUUAGGAUCAGUUAUCUUUACACCUGGUUUAAUUGAAUUCAACAGGAAAGAACUGUAAAUGAUAUUAUGACACGAUUUAAUUUAUUUAAUAACAGCAGUGUUAUAAGUUGAGUUUAAAAUACUUAAUUACUAAUUAAGGACUAUUAGUUAUAUUAAAAUUAAAUCAACUACAAAAUGGCAACACUAAAGAUUUAACAAAUGAGGUGUCACUGAGGUUUGAUGCAGACGGAGACGCUGAGAUUUCUUGCAUUGAGAGGAACAGUUGAAUUAGGGGAGGAAGUUAUUGAAGGAGGUAAAAGGUUGGGAGGUGCUUGGGAGGUGAGAAGAGGGCGUGGUAAUAAGAGAAGGAGGGAUUGGGAGCAAGGGAAAAUGAGACAGAAGGAGAGAGAUGUCUUUGUGUUCACGGUAGCCGUCGUUCUCCUGUGGAAGCGGCAGCUCAUUGGCCAGCCAGAAGCCCCCCUGUGUGAAGGAAGUAUCACCAGGGAAACUUCGUCUCGCUGCCUCUGUGCAUGUUUCCCUCCUUGCCAGGGUUAUUUUUAAAUAGCGCUCGGCUUCCUGCUCAGACUGAAGACUACAAGCCACAGCAUCCCUGUUUUGUUGUUUCCAGGAUUUGCCAGAUCACAAAUCAAGACAAGCUGUGGCAAUGUUCUCCUCUUCUCCUCUUCCACAGUUACAUUGCAAGCUUUUUGCAAAAAUGGGGGAUGACAGACCUUUUGUGUGCAAUGCUCCAGGCUGUGGACAGGUGAGUCUUCUCUCUCCUUGAUCUGGGCUUCAGGUGUGCGAGUGUGUGUGCUGUGGAGUAAUUUUGUUCUUCUGAAAGUUUAUCCAGUAGUUAACUGGAGCCGCUUAAUUUUGAAUGUCUUUUAUGUGCAGAAAAUGAAUUAAAAGCAACAGAAAAAAGUUAUUGGACUGCAAAAUUACACCUUAGUUAUAAAAGGAACAACUUUCUAACUUUAACAAGACUUCUCUUCAUGCUCACGGCUUGCUGGGAUUUUUACAACACUCUUAAUGACCGUCUUGAUACAAGUAGUGUUCCUGCAAGUGUGCUGUCUCUUGAGACAAUACUGUCUCCUUUAGCAAUGACUCACUGGAAGCUCCAGUGAGUAAUCAGAGCACAGUCAUUGUUUCAACCUGUCACUGUUGACUUCCAGCGCCUGCAGACACAGGUUUGAGCCUCGGCAGUGACUCAGCUGAGUGCCAAUAGUGUGCUCACAUGCCAGCAACGUGGUGCGUUGUCGGGGCUUGGCCUCAUAUCACAGCAAAUUAAAAGAAGUGUGUUCUAGGACUCAUGACUGUUCAGCACAGGAAAUGUCAGAUGUGCUAAAUUAGCAGUCAGAUGCCGCGCUCAGCAGCGUGAAAUAUCCCCAGAGUUCAGGAUUAUCACUCCUGAGGUCUGGAGAAAGAAAGUGUUUAUAUGGUUAAGUAACGCUUGUGAUUCAUAAACCUUUUUUUUUUCACCCUCUGAUCAGGAUCCAGGUGUUGUACAUGGGAUUAGUGGUUUUAACAACAUGCACAUUCAGCGGUUAAACAUGCAUGUGUGGGAUAAAUAAAUGAUAUGUUUGGUUUUUUCUUUUAGAACAUUAUGGACACUGAGGGAUAGUCAACUUGAAUAUUUUAACUUAUCUCUCAUGUAAAUACUCAUUGUCAUUCAUUUAUGUUUUAUUCUGUUGUUAGUCAGAGCAACACAAUCACAUAAAAAUUAAAUUAUGUUGACAACAUCGGGGGUUAUUGGCUACAAAUGCUUGAGAGGAGACCAGGUGGCUCAGUCAGGGAGUACAUGGUCAAGCAUUUUCAUUAGCAAGUAUCUGAUUUGAGUGUUAAGGUCCGUAGUUAGGUGCUGGGAAGGGUGCACACAGGAUUUAUUAUGAAAUCUUUCUGGAAAAAAACCAUAGCUGAGUUCUGUUGGGUUCAGUAAGGACAAGAACCCACAAAACUCUCAACAGAAUUGAGAACAGCUUUUUUAUAAAAUUGUCACAUAUCUCACACUUAACUCCUGAGCCUCUAGCGAUAUAAAAUUAGUGAUUAGAUAUAGUUGAUAAAAUAUAUAUACACAAGUCAUGGAUUCAAAAGUGUAAACAAAAUAUGACAAAGUUGGUCAUUCAUGUGAAUUAAAUGAUGAGUUUUUUGAAAGUUAAAAGAUGAACUCCAGCAGAGAGGAGCUGUUGUUUUUGUUGUUGUUGUUUUAUCCAUUUUGAAGAUUUUUGAACUUUUUGACAGAGAACAUUGUUUAUGUUACGGGUUCCUAAUGUGUAAAAGCUGUGUAACUGUUGCCCUUUACAAGCAGCAGUUGUCUACCGGGAAAGUCUGAAUCAUGCCAAUAAUAGAACAAGAAUGAUUGACUCCUGGCUUUGCCCAGGGUUUUCCUUUUACCAAGUUAACAGCAACAACAACAACAGCCCCCCAUUAUAUAAAGUCCAGUACAUACUGUGGGGAGGGGUAACCCUAGCUGCCUGUAUCUCAUACAGGGAGAUUAGUUGGAGAUAGUUUCCUACACAAGACCCUGCAGCCUUGCUCAGAGGAAAGGGACAAAUCAGACGUGUAGUUGUAUUGGUGAUGCUGCCUGGUGGGGCUAAAAAUAAGCCCCCUGACACUUGACUGUGUUUCCACUUCGCUCUCUCACGUCUGAACUCGCAACUGUAACGCAGUGCCCCAAAAAUAGGCUCCAGUUUCUGGUGAAUAGGCUUGUCCCUGAGCCAAGAUCAUUCCUCCUCUGUCUCUGACUGAUUCAUCAGGUUACUUCUCUAACGCAGAAGUGGCGUGCCUCUGACAAAGCUGUUUGUUCUCCCCUUGAGGUCUGAUUUGCCGUAGUGCCAGACCUCCUGUAGCUUUUACUGUGGAUCCCUGAUAGAGAAAUAACAGUCCAUUAGUUUUAAAAAGGAUAAAUGUUGUGGGAAUUUUAUGGUGCCUGCCUCUUUUACUCUUUGCAUGUAUUCUGACAUGUCAGCUUAUUUUCUGUUGGCGCUUCUUGGACUGGCAGAUUUUACACCUCAUCAGUUUGUCAACAUGUUCUGCCAUCAUUUUGUUGUGAAAGUUAUUGCCCCUCUUAUUAAUACAAAGCAGUUUGUUUCAAUAGAUAGUCAAAUAUUUGAGCCUACAUUCAUCUGAUGUAACAGACCUCAAAGAUAGCUCAGGCAUAUAAUGUAUACAGUACAGGUUCUGCAUGUUCUACAUCUCCAGGAGAUUAUCUGUCUAGGACUACUGCAAUAUGAUCUAUAGGUUUUGUUACUGUAAGCCUUUUCUUUAGGUCACUAGGACAGGUAGACAAUCACCUGCAGGCUUUUCCUUAUAAUGUACUUUUCUCUCCUUUCUUUUUUUCUGGUUCACAUGUUGCAGAGGUUUACAAAUGAGGACCACCUGGCUGUUCACAAACACAAGCACGAGAUGACACUAAAAUUUGGACCAGCCAGGACGGACUCCGUCAUUAUAGCAGGUACUUUUGGAAAAGCACGGCUGACCUCUUCGUCUUCAUCAAAUAUCUUUUCCAAGUAUUCAGACGAAGAAGACUGUUCAGUCUGCGUCAGCGCCCGUGUGGUCCAACACUGUCAGCCCUAUCCCAAGAAAAGCAGCUCGAAACACACAUUUAUGGCAUAAGAUGCUAUUAUUAAUUUAGUGUGAACAAAGUGUGAAAGCGUUCGUUCCAAUACUUAUCUGUAUAUAUUCUCUUUUGCCAGACCAGACACCUACUCCCACUCGCUUCCUAAAGAACUGCGAGGAGGUUGGUCUGUUCAACGAGCUGGCCAGCUCCUUUGAGCAAGAAGAGGAGGACAAGAGAAAGAGCUCUGUAAGGAUCGCUUGGGGUUGAUGAAUUUAUCUGCAAUCUGUUAUUCUGUGUGUGUGUGCGUUCAUCCAUUUUUAAUGGAAACCAUGCAGUGGAAUUUGUGCAGAAACUCCUGUGAUUAACAAAAGCUUCUUUCUUUCUUGUAUGAGGUGUUGAUAUAGUCAAAGAUCCUCGCCUCUAGAAAUUCCUUUACUUCAUUUGCCUCGGUUGUUUUUUUUGUGAGCUAAAUAUCAUUAGUACUCACUUCCUGUUUUAAAUGUGCGGUUGUUUCUGAGAAUAUUGUCUUUGAGAAGUAGUGUGAACGCUGCUCUUUAUUGUUGUCUGACUGCCUCGGUUUCCGUCCUCCUCAGCUCCCUGCACCCAACUCUGUGGCUUUGGACAUGAGUCUCCAGACGCCAUCAGAAGUGAAGGUUAAAGAGGAGGAACCUGUAGAAGUUGAUUCCUCACCCCCAGGCAGCCCUGACUCUAUCUCUUACCAGUCAGACAGCAGCAGAGAGCCUCUGGUGAAAGUAAAGGUAGGGUUGAAACUACUGAUGUGAGUGGAACCUGUAGAAAGAGUAUGACUGAUGUUAUACAUCAUCAUAGAUCUUUUAGUGGAACGUAAACAUCUCUAGAAUGGUGUUAUCUGUCCUUGAAAUGUGAUGACAUGAUGAAAGCUUUGUCACUUUAUAACGUCACAGUGGAUGCUGGAAAGGUCUGGCCUUUUAACAGGAAACUGCUGUGAGGAACAGGGUGCUAGGUAUGCUACAGUUUUUUGCAGUCGGGGAUGAGUCUGCCAAUUGAACUAAUUUUGAGAGACUACAACUCAGGAGUACGCUCCACUGAGAAAAUUUUCAGUACCUCACUACGCCAUUAAAGAGCUUUUUCCGCUCUUCCAUGUGCAGUGCGCUGAUCAGCUGUUCAGGUCGGCUUGCUUCAAAGAGACAGUAAUGUAACCAAACCAAGUGAUAAGUGAUCUUACGGGGUGAUGAUAUGCCGCUUACCACAAACGCACAGGGAAACCUCUAUGGACCACUGUUUACAGAGGAAUAAGGUGGCUCAUUGCACCAAGACAAGAAGAGGUGAGACUUCUAUGCUAACUGUCAAGCAGCAGGGAUCCUAAGCUGCCUGGUGGCACAGGUGUGAUAAAUGCAAGCCAAUGCCUACAUAAAAUACCCCUUCACCUUAGACUGCAGUCUGCAACCUUAACCAAUCAGAGUCUACCGCCGUACUAAAUGCCCUAUUUUGUUACUGAUUUUCUUCAAUAUUCAGGAGCGAAAUCAGAAAACCAGAAAGGCAGAGCGGGUGUCUUCAGAAUAUGCGUUCAGCUCCAAAACUCCACACAUAUCACUGUGUGUGGGUAUAUUAGGCAUUCAGUUCUGAACACUGAGAUCCCAAAAUAUAAAAGAUUGCAGUUUAUCAGUAAUUGUACAUCGUCAGUCUGAUUUGCUGAUGACACCGCCUGCGAAAGAACACGUAUGUGUAUUGGGUCCACAAAUGGUGCUGAAGAAAAAUUGUCUAAUGACAAGGUUAAAAAAAAAAGUGAAUGCUUUGUUCAUAAUCAGAUUAUAUGGCAAGAGUCAGCCCUGUCUAAAGAAAACUAGCAUUCCUACUAUCCUCUGUCCUCCAACAGUUUCUUACUAAAGGGGCAGAGCCAACCAGCACUAAUACACUGAUUAGUAACACGUAACUCCCACGAAAUCAAUUAAAAAUUGCCGAAAUGCUCCUUUAACCUCACUGCUCUUCUUCCAGGACACACCACCCAGGAGUUCAGCCCCCACUCCUACUAUUGUGCGUCCAGGCUCCCUACCACUACAUCUCGGCUUCGAUGUCCACCAGCCCACCAUGCCAUCACCCACCUCUGUCAUCACACAGGCACCACCUUCAAAUCGAACCCUGGGGUGAGUAGAUCGCAGUGACCUCUGUUUAGCCUACUUGCUUUUUAAAAUCCUCUGAAAUAUGUUCCAUGAAAGACUUUAAAAGCAGAUUUGUCACACUAUGAAGAUACUGCAGUUUGACAACAUCACCUGUAUAAUCUUGAUCCGCUGGUUCAAGGGUGAAGUGUUUAAUUCAUGUUACCAUUACGUUCUUUGUAUCUGCUCAAAUUAAUUCACACUAGUUAUUCACAUUUUAUUUAUGUAUCCAUUGUUUAUGAUGACAAAGUGUUUCACUCAUGGGACAGUGUUUCUUCAUUCUUUCUGGAGCUGUAAGUUCGUUUGUGGUGACUUGAGGAUUUCUUAAUGUAUAGCUUGCAUUAGUGACGGUGAAUGCAUGUGUGUAUACUUUUGGGAUACUGUUGAAACUCCCCUGCUUGAUAUUUCUCUCUGUUGUCUACCUGUGUAGCUCCCCAACCAGCCACUACCCCAUGAUGAUGCUUCCCUCCGGUCAGGCUGUGCCCGUUCUCCCUGGUCCAGGACAGAUACCCUCUGUCAUCAAUGUAAUUCAAACCCAUGCACUUAAUAUUUUGUGAUUUAACUUAAAGGCUAAGAAGUUUUGAAUAAAUAUGUGGUGGUGAUUCUUUACCCUCUCCAGCUUGUCCGACCCAUGUGCAUGGUACCCAACAUUCCUGGGAUCCCUGGUCCUCCUCUGGGAGGCAGCAGCAGCGGCUCUAACUCCCCCUCCGGCUACAGCAUCCACUCAGAGGCCAAGAUGGUCAGGACUAGAUUAGCUCUCUAUUUUUGUCUCCUUAUCUUUUCUUUUUGUCUUCGUCUUCACCCUCUAGCCUCACUGUGCACUGACUUACUUGAUUCAUCAUAUGACUUUUUAUUGCAGUUACUUAUUUAUGUAACUCUUUCACCACAUCGCACAGCAGUACUUUUCGCAUUAAUCGCAUCUUAUUUGUACUUUGGGCUGUACGUAAUGCACAAACCAUGGCACACUAUUUUGUAAUUGGUUGUGGAAAUGUGCGCACUAAGAUGCACAAACAAGAAAAGCAAAAAAUAUCAAUAAAUAGAUCAAAUAACGUGGCCUACAAAGUUAGUAGGAAGUGAUUUCAGACAGGGAUGGCUUUCUUGUUAUCAAGUCACAAUUGUUGCUCUGUCCUUAAAUGUGCAACCCAGCAGUUACCACAAUCAGUUAUUUUUAGACUAUUACUCCAAGCUGAAAAGUGUACCAAGUCUCAAAUAAAAGUCAUCGGAAAAUUGUUCCAAAAAUAUACAAUCAUGUUGUGCUUACAUCAUUUAUAACGCCUAAGGAUGUGAAUCAGUAAAAAGGGUUGAUAUAGAGCAGGAUGUCACAUGAAUGUGGUGCUGUUGGAACAAGCUCUAAAUGUGUGAUACUCUCAGGUCAGCAUGGAGGGAGAGCUCCCUGAAGAAUUAGAGUACCUUUUGUCUUACAUGGUUGUGUAAAGCAUACAUUUAAAAUUACUUUUUUUAUAGCUUUGACAGAAUACAAGCGUCUUAAGCAGACUUGGUUAUUUGACUUCUUAGAAUUUGUAUCAUUAACCGUGUUCUUAAGGUUAGUUUUAUGUUUCUCUUCCAGCGUCUGAAAGCUGCGUUGUCCCAGCAGAGCCCAUCAGGACAGAGCAUGGGGAUCAUGGCCAUGGGCAGCAGCCCAAUGGUCCCUCAGAGGGCAGAGCAGAGCCAGCUGCUUGUCCAACACCCAGAUGCUCCAUCACCUGCACAACCUCAGGUACAAAGUCUAAUCUGUAUUUGAAGAUCUGUACAAAUGAGAGAGCCUUGUUUAAUGUUACAGAUAAAACCUGUUUCAGUUUCAUUAAACUUGUGCUUUACUUCUUGUGCUCUGACAAAAAUACUGCAACUGUGACUCAAACUUCCCUUUUCUCUCUUGUCUUUCUUCCGCUCCCCUCCCUUGUCUGUUGGCUUCCUUCUUACCCUUUCCCCCUAUUCUCCCUCAAGGUAUCUCCAGCACAGCCUACAGGUGGGCGGCGGCGGCGGACAGCCGACGAUGACCCAGAUGAGCGAAGGCAGCGCUUCCUCGAGAGGAAUCGUGCUGCAGCCUCACGCUGCAGACAGAAACGCAAACUGUGGGUCAGUUCUCUGGAGAAGAAGGCAGAGGAGCUCUGCACCCUUAACGUCUCACUAUCGGUGAGUGGGCUUUGGAGUGGGUUGGCCGUGGUUUAAAUGUGGCCAGUAGGAGGACCGUGUUAGUGUGCAUAUUGUCAACUAGAAGUGGAAGUUUGCAAGGGGAUUUCUAGAUAAUGAGAGCAGUUUUGUGGAGUUUUUGGUCAUUUUAUGUACAGGUGAAGUUGGAGGAUUUGUAACCACAGACCUCAUUACCACUUGUUUCACAUCUUUUCUGUGUUUUAUGACUGGAUCAGGUUAUUUUUACACUCAAUGCUCACUUCUCCAACCUCAGUUUCUGUGAAAUGAAAACCAUGUUCCUCGUUUAUCCCUUCAUGGCAGCUCUCACUGAGUAAACAUGAUUAACCCUCAGGCAAACAUUUGGCAGGUUUCCCUUUGCAGGGAUUCAUCGGUGUACUGCAUGUCUAUUAUAUAAGAUGUCUUUGACUUAGAGAAGUGUGCUAUGAUUUCUUUGUUCCAUCCUUCAGAAUGAGGUGUCUCUUUUGCGGAAUGAGGUGGCCCACUUGAAACAGCUGCUGCUGGCCCACAAGGACUGUCCUGUGACCACCCUACAGAAGAAGACUGCCUACUUAGGUGAAACUUUGAAAUUCACUUCUCAUCUUAAUUUUUCACGAGUAUUUUGCAUGAAAUAAAGAUACAGAUGAAAAAAAAUGCAAAGCAAAAACACUUUUGUCCAUAGCUCUCAAAAAAGGGAUAGACAAGGGUUUAAUUAUGGCCAAUUGUGGCCAAUCUGUUCUAUUUUAUUCUAUUUUUAUUUUGUACUAUUUUAUUUCAUAUUUUAUUCUAUUUUUUGUUACUCCAAUUUCUUAGAAAAACACCACUCCGAGCUGUUUUAAUUCCGUUGUAUACCUCAUACAGUGACAAUAAAAAGUCUGAGUCUGAGUCUAUGGCCAAUUAAUCUCUCCUUUUUCUGUAUAGCUGCAGAAGAGAGCAUGAAAGACACCUCAGAGCCCACAGGGUCUCCUGCUCCAGUGAUCCAGCACAGCUCAUUGGCACCCAGCCCCUCUGCAGGCCAUAACGGCCUGAACUCAAGGGCAGCAGCUGAGGCCAUGGCCAUGUCAGUGCUGGCAGGGAUGGGCCAGCAGCAGAGGUCUGAGAGUGGACCCUCUCACAUUAUCAUGGCUGCACAAUCUCAGUCCGCUGCCAGAUGAUGAGCGAUGCCAUGCAGCCCAGAGUUGGCUCACACUCAGCACCCAGGGGGUAAAAAAGAGCAGUGGAUCCCCAACCUCCUCCUUCCUGAAUUCCCAAAUCUAGAGGUCAGAAUUUCUCAUCCCCUCCUUGCUGAGCUCCCCUGCUCUUUCUGACCCUCCUGUAGAGCCAUCAUGCUGUGGCCUGGAGCCCAGCAGCAGCCCUCUGGGAAUGGACCGAGACUUUUGAGAGCGCUUCCUGUUCACUUUGCCAUAGACUACAGGGGCUGGACUCCACCCUCACAUCCUCGUUUCCCUCAUCUUGUGCUUCCCUGCUCAUCUCCCCUCUCCUUCCAACAGAACGACUCCUCACCAGACUGUGAGACUACAUCACUCCAAGAGUACUGCCUAAUGAACUCCACAUGUGAACACCGAAAUGCACAUACACAAUGUCCAACACACAGGUGUUGCAUUAACACUCAUGAUCAAAUCAGAUACCAAACAACACAUAGGGCUUCACACUGUUAUCAGCAGGGAACUGUGCCUUGUUGAUUCUCAACUUUUUAGCUUUGUACACACACCCACUCACACAUGCCAACACAGCCUUUCUCCCCGGACGCCCUUGGCUCCAAAGAUGCAGUCGUCCCUUACAUGUCUCUGACUCAGUAUUCACUCGUACACUCGCCUGAAGGUGAUCUCAACCCAGACCCCAAAACCUUACCUCAAUCCAACCCCUCUCUGAUAAAGUAGAUGAACUGUGUGCGUGAAUGGCUCUGUGUGUAUAUAAUAAUGUACAUCAGAACAUAGCAGUUUGCAUACUCCUGAUCUCAUACGUUAAUAGCUGGAUUGUUAGCAUGUGACUUUUUCUAUUAGGGUGUUUUCUUGUUGAUACAUAAUGUGCAGCUAUAUUUUUUAUUAAUUGGCACAUCCCGAGAUUAGUCCACAAAACCAAAAUAUGCUAGAUUGACCUUGUUUUAUUCUAAAAUUAGAGUGUUUGAGGAUAUCUAUUUGUUUAACCAGAAGGGAAUGUCCCCUCUUCCUCACUUUAUCUAAAACAGGCUGUUGGGCUGUUUCUUAGUUUAUCAGAUGCCUUUUUGCAUUUUAUAUGAAAACUAUAUGGUGACCGUGUUUCUCUAUGUUGGCUCCUGACCUACUGUAACUGUCAUUUUCACACUUCUCAGGAUGGUUGCACAUCCUCGCUGCUUGUUGGAAGUGCGAUGAAUGGAUCAGUCUCUCUGCUUUUUACCAAACCUAAACAAAGCCAUAAUGACACAAUUAUCCUCUCUCUGAAUCUCCAAAGACCACCUGGCACUUACUACAAGACAGGAAGUUCAGUUCUGGACUGUUCUUGUUUGUGAUUCAGACAUCACAGUGACACAAUCAUUAGUAUGUAAUACUGAUGAUUCUACUUCUUGUUACUUGCACUUGUUUGUUACUCACAGUUUCUCACACAGUGUCUCAUAUGUUUGCCUUAAGAUCACAUUGGUGCCUCGGACAUCCACACUCAGAAAUAAGAAGAUUGGUUCGAGUGAAAAACAGUGAAGCCUUUGAAAAAAUGGUUUAAUGCCAGUUGCUCAUUGAAUGAAAAAAAAAAGCGAGUCAUGAGAAAAAAAAAAUACUAACUGCAGAUUUUAAAACCUUUCGAGUUAAUGUUUAACCACAAGUCUCCCUUGAGUGGCAUAAACUUAACCAACACUGGUCUGUCAUCUGGUGGAGAGACACAGCAAAGACAUCUUCGAGCUCUGAGAGAGGGCGGAACUGAGAUUUAUUAUGCCUAUUUUUGAUUGUCUCUUGUUCUUUUAAAAUCCCAUCAAGAUAUUUUAAUAAAAUAUUAGCAUAUUUUACAUGAAAACCUAAACAAGCAGCUUGCAGUUAGUGUUUUCUUUACAAUUUUUCCUUCUUACAACUGAUACCAUCAUGAAUUUCAAAGAUGUGAUAUUUCAGAAACAAGAUAUCUGUCCACACAAGGGCGUGUUUUAUGCACUAAAGUAAAAGUUUAUUGUCUUUUUGUAUCUCUGUUCAUUUUUUGCAGUUCUCUUGUUCUCUUGGUCUUUUCAAAGAUAUCAGUUCAUUUUUACAAUCAUGAAGUGUCUCUUUUCUGUGCUGUAAACAUGAAUGGGAAUUUGCUCAGCAACUGUAUGACCUUUCACCUAUGACUGAACCUCUUUGCUGAUAGUCCCAAUGGCAAUCCCAGUGUUUUAAUGUACUACAUUGCCGGCACUAUAUUUGGCCGGCAGUCCCUUUUAUAGACGAUUGUUCAUAUGAAAUGAACAUUCAGACUAUAUUUAGCUUUCAUGUUUUCAUGUUAUUCAUGUCAUUGGCACCUUUUCUGUCAUUUCUCAGUUUCUUUUGUCGUGUGCUACUUUCAGCACUAUACAGUCUUUGUCAUGACGCUCCAAUAGUAUCGGUUAAUAUAAAAACUAGUUACUUAAAAACACAGGUUCCUUUUUUAUUUGUCUGUUUUCUUAAAAUGUCAUUAGUCACUAAAAGAUAGGCUACAUCCCCUUUUUACAUUUGUGAAGAUGAAUCUGGUUGUGUCUAUUUACUGUCCUUGUCUAAUUUAUUUUUUAAUUGGGAGGCUAACGAUCAUCUUUGGCAUAUUAAUGUUACCUAAAAUCAUUGUAAAAGAAACAAUCUGAUGAAAAAUGCAACUAAGUGAAUGUUGCAUGUAGUGUAUUAAUGGUUUUUCACAAACACACUGUUGGACUGAUAAUUUCAAAAGUUGUCCUUUUAAUGUACAUAUCUGUACUAUAUGAAUAUAUUUACUUUUCCAUGCAUGUCCAAGUGGAAUACUAUGAACACUUACAGCGCUGCAGUUUUAAUUAAAGAAACUACAUCUUAAUGACCA